GAGAAUCGAAGAGCAUGGGCGACGAAUCACCAAAAAAGUUGUUGUCUUGUCUGAAACUGUACCUUGUAAUAAUUCUCGAUUUGUUUAUCAAUUGUUGGACGAAUGUAAUGAUUGAUUUUUUGGUUGUCCAUCGCAUUAAUAUCCUCAAAGGCCAACCCAUUUAUCAAGCUCAGCCUUCGCUGUUGUUUACUAUUGUUUAUACAGAUGUCAAGAUUCGAUUAUUGCUCUAUUUUUUUCUUUUCUUUCUCUCUGCUCUUACAUUGGAGCAUCUACAUAAACAUUUAUUGUGCGGACAUCAAAACCAUCGUCUGUGUGAAAGUGAUAGAGUCAGAGAUCAGGAAGCUGACGUCGCAGCUCAAGUGAGGUGAGGGCAGGUGUCCCCGACCCAGAGUCCGUUGGAAAAGCUCUCCUGAUUUGAUUUCUCAGCAUUCCACACUGCAACACUGUGCUCUCGUCUGGGCUCCGCGAUCUGUUCCGCAGCCCUCCAGCUCAGUUCGUUUCCUUCUAGGCCAGCGAUUUUAUUAAUUUUGCAGAGCCCUUCCAUCUAUGGAUCCUUCUGCGUUCGAUGAUGUGUUCCUUGGAAGUCUCUAGUUCUUCUGUCAAAGGGGUGCUCCGAUUGCUUGAUCUGUGAUUUGGGGUUUUGUUCCUUGUCGCUGCAUAGUUAGUGAUCGAGAUUAAGAAUCAGAGAAAAAUGAGUGGAGCUGUGCUGGUGGCUGUUGCUGCUGCAGUGGGCAACUUAUUGCAAGGAUGGGAUAACGCUACUAUUGCAGGUGCUGUUUUGUACAUAAAGAAGGAAUUCAAUUUGCAAACUGAGCCCACUGUGGAAGGGCUAAUUGUGGCCAUGUCGCUUAUUGGUGCCACCAUAGUUACCACAUUCUCUGGGGCAGUAUCGGAUUGGCUUGGCCGCCGUCCAAUGCUAAUAAUCUCAUCCGUCCUUUAUUUCAUAAGUGGGCUCGUAAUGUUGUGGUCUCCCAAUGUUUAUGUCUUGCUCUUGGCAAGGCUUUUGGAUGGAUUUGGAAUUGGUCUGGCAGUUACUCUUGUUCCCCUCUAUAUAUCUGAGACAGCUCCAUCCGAAAUAAGAGGACUACUGAACACCCUUCCACAGUUCACAGGAUCUGUUGGAAUGUUUCUGUCAUAUUGCAUGGUUUUUGGAAUGUCAUUGAUGAACUCGCCGAGCUGGAGGUUGAUGCUUGGGGUUCUUUCUGUUCCCUCCCUUGUUUAUUUUGGAUUGGCAGUGUUUUUCUUGCCUGAGUCUCCUCGAUGGCUUGUGAGUAAAGGGCAGAUGCUUGAGGCCAGGCAGGUUUUGCAGAAGCUGCGUGGCAGGGAAGAUGUCUCAGGUGAACUAGCUUUGCUGGUUGAGGGUCUUAGAGUUGGAGGUGAAACAUCUGUAGAGGAGUAUGUAAUUGGCCCAGCCAAUGACCUCAUUGAUGAUAUGGAUCCAAAUGCUGAGAAAGAUCAUAUUAAGUUAUAUGGGCCUGAAGAAGGUCUCUCAUUGGUCGCCAGACCUGUCACUGGGCAGGGUUCUCUUGGUCUUGCGUCUCGCCGUGGAAGCAUGGAAAACCCCAGUGUGCCACUUAUGGAUCCUGUUGUCACGCUUUUUGGCAGCCUCCAUGAGAGGGUUCCUGAGACAGGAAGCAUGAGAAGCACGCUUUUUGCAACCUUAGGUAGCAUGUUCAGCAUAGCAGGUGGUCAUCCUUCCAAAACUGAUGAAUGGGAUGAAGAGAACCUUGCUGGAGGUGGUGAGCAUUACACAGGUGGUGAGGAUUACACGUCUGAAAUUGGUGGUGGUGAUUCUGAUGACAAUCUGGAGAGUCCAUUGAUAUCACGUCAGACAACAAGUUUGGAAAAAGACUUGGUCCCACCUGCUUCACACGGUAGCAUUUUUAGCAUGAGACAGAGUGGCCUCAUGCCAGGAAAUACUACGGAACCAGUGAGCAGCAUUGGUGGUGGCUGGCAGCUGGCAUGGAAAUGGUCUGAGAAAGAAAGUGAUGAUGGAAAUAAGGAAGGUGGAUUUAAAAGAAUUUACUUACAUCGGGAUGGCGUUCCUGAAUCUCGGCGUGCUUCUAUCGUUUCUCUAACUGGGGCUGAUGUCCCGGCAGAGGGUGAGUUUGUUCAGGCUGCUGCCCUGGUGAGUCAACCAGCUCUUUACUCCAAGGAACUUAUGAGUCAGAACCCAGUUGGACCAGCUAUGGUUCAUCCAUCUGAAACUGCCACAAAAGGACCAACUUGGACUGAUCUUUUUGAACCAGGGGUAAAGCAUGCAUUGGUUAUUGGGGUGGGGAUUCAAAUACUUCAGCAGUUCUCUGGCAUAAAUGGGGUUCUAUACUACACCCCUCAAAUUCUUGAGCAGGCUGGUGUUGGAGUUCUUCUUUCAAACAUGGGUCUGGGUUCGGCUUCUGCAUCCUUGCUUAUCAGUGGGGUGACAACCUUGUUGAUGCUUCCUUGUAUAGCUGUUGCCAUGAGGCUCAUGGAUAUUGCUGGCAGAAGGAAGUUGCUGCUAACCACAAUCCCCAUUUUGAUAGUAUCCCUCGUUGUUAUAGUCCUGGGAAAUGUUGUGCAUAUGGGGACUGUCGUGCAUGCAGUAAUCUCAACUGUUAGUGUGGUUGUCUACUUCUGCUGCUUUGUCAUGGGUUUUGGGCCAAUCCCAAACAUACUCUGCUCAGAGAUCUUCCCUACCCGGGUUCGUGGCCUCUGUAUUGCCAUCUGUGCCCUCACAUUCUGGAUUGGUGAUAUUAUUGUGACCUACACACUACCAGUGACACUUGCAUCCGUUGGCCUUGCUGGUGUUUUUGGCAUGUAUGCUGUGGUGUGCCUCAUAUCAUGGGUGUUUGUAUUCCUAAAAGUACCAGAAACAAAGGGCAUGCCUCUGGAAGUGAUCACCGAGUUCUUUUCUGUCGGAGCAAAGGAGACUGCCGCAUCCAAGAACAAUUAACUUGGUUGUUGUUGGAUUUGAAAGUUUUGAAUGGUGUUGCCUAUUUCCAGUUUUGCUUGACUUUGUUUCCACCCCCUACUUUUGAGGCGUUUGAAAAUGCUGGGUUGCUGUUGGAAGGAGUAUAUUUUUUUCAUUUGUCAUAUAUGAUUCAAUUGACUUCCACUUUGCACUCA